AUGGCAGCCGAAAUCAAGCCCGCGCCCGGGAUGAACCAGGACAAGUUCAGCUCCAAGAAGCCUAUACUUCUGUCGAAGCUCGAAGGUUGCAAUGACGACGUCAAUGCCGCCGUUAUCAUUCCCAGGGUUGACGGCGUCAUCAGCGUCUGCGACGACAGAACUGUCAGAGUUUGGUUGAAACGUGACUCAGGACAAUACUGGCCAAGCGUAUGCAUGUACAUGGUUGCAGCACCAAUCUCUCUUGAUUUUUGUCCUGAAACCAGACAGCUGUUUGUUGGAUUAGAUAAUGGUAGUAUAAAUGAGUUUUUAUUGGAAAGCGAUUACAAUCGUAUGACAGCCAUUCGAGAAUACAUGGCUCAUCAAGCAAGAGUUGCUGCAGUAGUUUUUUCUUUGAGCUGUGAAUGGGUACUUAGUAUAGGUAGAGACAAAUUGUUCCAGUUCCACAGUACUGAAAAUGGAAAGGAUCACAUCAAAUAA